ACUUGCCCUUCCUGUUCAGUAACAACAACAGUCAUGGCGGCUGCUGCACGGUUCUUCAUCCGAGGGGCAAACUCCAAACUUUCCAUCACCGGCAUUGGCAACGGGUCUCAGAGUUCCUUUGGAGGCACUCUGGUAAAAUUGUCUCCCAGCUCCAACUCUCGCAUAAAAGCCCAACGAAGACAUGCGCACUUUACCUUCCAGCCUGACCCCGAACGGACACAAUAUGGUCCUACCCAGAAGAUGAACUUGUUCCAGUCCGUCACAAGUGCCUUGGACAACACUCUCGCCAGUGAUCCUACAGCAGUCAUCUUCGGGGAAGACGUUGCCUUUGGUGGAGUAUUCCGAUGCACAGUGGGUCUGAGAGAUAAAUAUGGUAAGGACCGAGUCUUCAACACUCCCCUCUGUGAGCAGGGGAUUGUGGGAUUUGGUAUUGGCGCUGCUGUUGCUGGUGCCACAGCCAUCGCUGAGAUCCAGUUCGCCGACUACAUCUAUCCUGCUUUUGACCAGAUAGUCAACGAAGCAGCCAAGUACCGCUACCGUUCUGGAAACCUGUUCGACUGCGGCAGCCUCACCAUCCGGGCCCCGUGGGGGUGUGUCGGCCACGGCUCGCUGUACCACUCCCAGAGCCCCGAGGCCUUCUUCGCCCACUGCCCCGGCAUCAAGGUUGUAAUCCCUCGCAGCCCAGUGCAGGCCAAGGGGCUGCUCCUCUCCUGCAUCGCGGACCAGAACCCCUGCAUAUUCUUUGAGCCCAAGAUCCUGUACAGAGCAGCAGUGGAGCAGGUUCCCGUGGAGGCCUACACCAUCCCACUCUCGCAGGCCGAUAUCGUACAGGAAGGAAGUGACGUCACCCUGGUUGCCUGGGGGACACAGAUCCAUGUGAUGAGGGAGGUUGCCAACAUGGCCCAAGAGAAACUGGGGGUGUCCUGCGAGGUCAUCGAUCUGCAGACCAUCCUGCCCUGGGACGUUGAGACUGUUUGCAAGUCGGUGGUGAAAACCGGACGCCUGCUCAUCAGUCAUGAGGCACCAAUAACCGGAGGCUUUGCUGCUGAAAUCAGCUCUUCAGUACAGGAAGAGUGCUUCCUAAACCUGGAGGCUCCCAUCAGCAGGGUCUGCGGUUAUGACACCCCCUUCCCUCACAUCUUUGAACCUUUCUACAUCCCAGACAAGUGGAAGUGCUUUGACGCAAUUAAGAAGAUGAUCAAUUACUAAACCCCAUCAGCCAACUUCUGGUAUCCCUGAACCCCAGGCUCUCUCCUUUCUCUCUUCGUUCAUCAUAUCAGUGGAGAUCAGCUGGGAAAAGACACUUUGUUGACCAUCCAAUCAGGAAGCAGCAUCCAGAUGGGCUCCAUGUCCCCUCUGUGUCUUGCAUCCUGCAUCCUGAAGACUGUUACAUCAACUCUGCAUUUGGGAACCUUGUUCUGUUGGAAGAAAAAUAAUGAAUUGAUCCACUCGUUAUGGUGAAACUCUGCUUUGGGGUCGACAUAAUUAGAUUUCCUCCUACAGAAAUGGACGGAUACUGUGGGGAAAACUGUAUUUGAUUGAAUUUGUGCCUCUCUGUGCUGUUACCUUUUGAUUUAACGUGUCCAUUUUGCUGUACUCUUUAUUAAGUUUGACAUGCACUAAACCUUAUUGUGCUAAUAUAGUGGAUCUGUGGUUUUUAAAGAAAAUAAAGUAAUCACAAACA